AUGCUUUUUAGUUAUGCUAUUGUUCGCACCCGCUCUGACAAUAACCAGGAAGCAGCUCAAUAUAAACUUACAAUGGAGGAAUUGGAAUUGUUUGUGCAGGAAAUCGAUAAUUUAUGCUGUAUUAUAGAGGAGGGCACAUCUGUGAGAGAAUUGCUUGUCCUAGGCAAACAGUUUUUGGAACGUGCAAAUUCCUUAUUGAGCCGAUCAAUUGAUUCGUUGGAGGAGCCUGAAGUAGAGCAACUAAUAAGUGAAGGUAACUCGCUCAGAAUAGAAUUACCUCAGAUGAAUCGGUUGUACAUGCGUCAAAGGCAGUUGAAGUGGUAUAAACGUUCGCAAGGUAUGCGAAAUCCUUCUACCAAAUUAACUUAUAGUGACAUAAAAAACUUACUGGCCAGCGCAACAACUGAAUUAGAUCCAACUGAUCCAAUAAUUGACAAAGAAAUGCGUAAACUGCAGGAGAUUGGAGCCGCAAUUGAAGCAUGGGAAAAGCAGGCGGCUCGCUAUUUCCGGUGUACUACGCAACAACAUGAGCUAGCCGACAUUGAGCUGUUUCUCAAAUCAGCUGCAGAAAUAGAUGGUCUGGUGCCAUCAUUCGUACUACUUAAAGACGCGUUACGUAAAGCUAAAGAAUGGUUACUUUCAGUAGAACAGCUGCAAACAAACGACCAUUUCCCCUACUGUCAUACUCUACAAUCAAUUGUGGACCGUGGCAGGAAUAUUCCAAUUCAGCUUGAGGAGUUGAAACGUAUGCAAGGUCAUUUAAAUAGUGCACAUGAAUGGAAAGACAACACCGCUCGGGUGUUUUUGAAAAAGCAAACAUUUUACACUUUACUUGAGGUUUUAAUGCCCCGCUCUGACGCUGUCAUAAUUGACUCAGAUUUAAAACAGCCAUUUGAGGAUGACUUUGUAAAGGAAAUGAAUCCUGCACAAAUAGUAGACUCCUUCAAGAAAGCUGAAGAGAAAGAGUUACGCGAUAUGCGCGAACUAAGACGUCAAAAUAUGUCCAAAAAUCCUUUGAAAGAUUUGUAUUGCCUAUGUAAAAAUCCGUUUCAAGGAGUUAUGUAUAAUUGCCAGUUGUGUCGUGAUUGGUUCCACGAGGAUUGUGUACCACCGCUUUUAGGAAAUUCGGGUCCAUCCUCAGGUAUUAGUUAUAUUUCCCGGUCCAAGUGGCUCUGCCCGUCGUGCGUGCGGUCCAAGCGACCUCGGCUGGAAAUUAUCCUUCCACUUCUUGUAUCACUACAACGUUUACCUAUACGUUUACCAGAAGAUGAAGCACUGCGCUGUCUCGCUGAACGUGCUAUGAAUUGGCAAGAUCGUGCUCGAAAGGUACUGACUAGUCCUGAUGUAACCGCCGCUUUCGAAGCUAUUUUAGUGCACCAGCGAAAGCAAAAACAGAAAGCAGCUUGCGUUACUGGAGUAUUGGAUGGAAAUAAUUUUCGCAAGCAACAUCGACGGAGAGGCAAUCGCAAUUCCAAGGAUACCGCUGCCACUUCUGAUAACCCAGAUAGUACUGAUGAUGAUGAGGAGGGUCGCCUGCAAAUUGUUGAAGAUACUUUUAGCAAUGAUGAAGAGGAUCUGCUAAAUUUAGAGCCCAAUCCACAUCUCGAGCUACAACAACUUUUGUCUGACAGCGAAAAGGAAAAUCUAAUUGAUUUAAUGAUGGAAGGUGAUCUCCUUGAAGUUUCACUAGAUGAAUCAUAUGAGUUAUGGCGUAUAUUGGCAGCUAUUCAGCCAUUGUGUGUAGACGAAGCAGUUGCACUCCAAAAGCAACAUCAAAUGCAACAUAAAAAAUCUUUGCAAAAUGUAUGCAGCGUUCAUUCAGCUGGCGAAGAUUCGAAUGACAGUCUAUUAGUACAAAGCAGUCCUAACAGCAAUAGUGGUAGUAUUAGUGGCCGAAACUCUACCAGUGGUAAUAAAAAACGACGGUCGUUAGAUCUAAUUAGUAGCAGUUGUCCACUGCCGCGCAAAAAGACUGCAACACCUAAUAAAUCUUAUAAUUCUUCUUCUAAAAAGUCUACACGAAAAUCAACAACGGAUACAAAUACUAAGCAACCACAACUUGAUGACGUUUCUGACAGUAAACACUCAAAUGGCGGGAGCGCUUACUUAGCCGCGAACACAUUAUCCGGCCAGAAAAAACGCAAACGUGUGGGAACUAAUGCAAACAACAGUGGUAAUGUAGUCGGUCAAAAAAAGCAGUCGCAACGUAAUCAAAUGGCACAGCAAGAAGACGAUGAAGAAGAAUGUCGCGCAGAGAAUUGUCAUAAACCAACUGGUCGUGAAGUUGAUUGGGUUCAGUGUGAUGGGGGCUGCAAUGAGUGGUUUCAUAUGUUUUGCGUUGGGCUCAAUCGUAGUCAAAUAAAAGCAGAUGACGAUUAUUUCUGUAUACGUUGCACAAGAACUAUGGGAAAAACCACAGUCACAGAAAGUGCCACUAGCAACAGCAUCGUGUCUGUACCUGGUACCCCUACAACGUCCAUUGUCAGUCCAAAUAUUGGCACAAACAGUAUCAUAGCAGAGACACCAGGAACAACCACACCGCAACAAGUGUCAACACAACCCACAGGUUCCGCGUCGAAGGGUCGAGCACAAUUGGCACGUUAAAUCAAAUCGCAAAUAUAAUUUAUAUAUUUUAAAUGAAAAACUCUAGUGCUGUAGAUUUGUAUGUUACUUCCACUUUCGUUAUCCAUAAAAGAAGAACUCCGAGUAAACUUGCAUUUUAAUAGGUUCUGUACCCAAAAUUACGUAGAUGUUAGUACUCUUUCAAAAGAUUUGCACUCAUGUAUGUUAAGAAAAAAGAGCCCUUUUGUCGGAGCGCGAGUAGGAAAAAUCGACUAGAAGUAAGACUUUAUUUUCCUUUAAUAUUUGGAUUUGAAGUGAGUUUACCAAGGAUAUUGGUAAAGUGUUUUUAACUGAUUUAAAUGACCAAAAAUAGUUUGUUCUUACUGCUGGCAUUUACAAAAUUAAAUUUAUUUUUAAUAUGGUGUUGAAAAGUUAGUUCCCAAAAUUGAGUGAACAUUCCCAGCUGUUUUUAACCGACUUUAAAAAGGAGUAGUUUGUCAAUUCAUCAGGAUAUUUUUUUAAGAAUGUUACCGGAUAACUUUACACGGCGUGAACUCAUACUAAUUUGGUUAAGUUCGAUCAUUGCAUCAAGAAGAAACUAACGGUAGUCCUAAAUUUGUAUGAGAAUUGAAGCCUUACUUACUUCUAAUUCCGUAACUUACAUGUAGGUCGUUCAGCCCCACUGUGUAGACUAGUUGAAAUUCUAAAUAGAAGUUUUACUAAAUAUUUGAAAUUAUAAUUAAUAUUUUUGGAAAGAUAUCGGAUUAAUCCAAAUUACUCGUUUGUAAAAUCGCAUCUUCACCACAACAGUCAAAUUCAGUGAAGUUAGUUUAGUUUACUAAUGGUAUGAAUACUUUAUAAUCAAAAAAAUAAUGAUAAUAAAAAAUAUUCUGAAAAUACUGAACGACUUUCUUCCUUAGUAAAUUUACUUGCCUCCAGAAGCAUCGCUCCAUCCUUUGUAAGGCCGAUUAGGCAGCAUUUGUACUCCUAACAUAAGCGAAUGUUCCAGAAGCCGACUUUAAAUCGCUUCUUUUUAUGAAAAAAGGCUUCACAUGCAAACACAUUUUGCAAAUUUAGAAUGUUUGUGAAAGUUAUAAAAAGGGUUGAACAAUAAUUUAAAAAUAACCAAAUUAGCUGCUCUACUAUUAAAACUUUUUCAAUAUACAUGCCUUGACUAGCAAAUUACACAAACAAUUUUUAUUCCGAUUUGAAUAAUAAAACGCAGCAUAUAUAAUUAAAUGGAAAUAUAUUUUGUUGCCUUUAAUGAUGCAAUAAUAAAAGAUGUGCGUUGGAAAGUUGCUUAAACUCCCUAAGAAACCUCAAUUUGCCUCUUUUGGAAAUUACUUUUAACUUUACAGCGAAA